AUGUCACUUCAUGUGACACCACUGGCUGGCUACGAAUUGGUGAAGUGGUCGUUCACGAACAUUGAUAUCGAGGAAUUCGGUCGCCGCACUACAUACUUCGUUUUCAUGACUUACGGUUUCGAAAUGCCGGAAUACCGACGCUUCUGGGUCCUCCUCGAAAAUCCUGCCGCAACACCUUCUAAUCCAAAGCACACUAAUAAUAUUGAAAUAGCUGUCGCCUCUCAUCAUGCUCAUGGUGAGCAUCAGCACUCGGAGACAUUACGCCAACUUCGUCAUUUGAUUCAAGGACGUCGUCAGACUCCGGAUAUGGCUGUCGGGUGGUGGAAAUGGGGUAUUACCAUGAUCGGUGGAGUAGCUGAGUUGGUUGUGUAUGUCUUCUAG